GUAAACAAUUCAAAUUCAAAAAUAUAAUACAUUAUACACAAUAUUAAAUACAUUCUAAUUCAAGUAAAGAAACAUAGAAUAGUAUAAUUAUAUUUACUGUUUGAACAAAUUAAACAAAUAUAUUAAAAACCUUUGGAUGAUACCACUACGGUAUUAUGCACACAGUGCAUAAACAGUUUUGAUAAAAAUGUAAAAAGGUAGGUACUUCUUAUAGAAUAAUGAUUGAACAACUCUAAACUUAAGUUUACCUAGGAUCAAAAAAUAUUAAAUAUUUAGUGUUGAAAACUAUGGCAUUAGUUGUAAAUAUUAUAAAAAAAAUCAAAAUUAUUAUUCGGCCAUUCCUGUAUAUUUUAAAAAUACAAUAAUUAUGCGUUUAUUAGAACAUCAAAUACUUACGUAUCAAAACGGUAUCACAACACACCUUCACACGGCAGAACUACAAACAAUGUACCUAGUAUUCUUAAGUAUUCCGGUAUUUACCUAAAUGUUUACAUAUAAAAAAAAACUGUAACUAAUGGCCUUUGCAGCCGAUGUAAUUUAAGAUCAAUAAAAAAAAAAAAAAAAUACCUACGUAAAUACACAAAUGAUAAUACUAUCACUUAUAUUUUAAUUUUUGACAUACCUAUGUAAGAAACUUAAUUUUAAACUUAAGACACAUCAUUUACUAUCGAUGUGUGAAGCAGAGGGGUGUAUUAUAAUAGGUAUGCGUUUUAUCCCCUACAUUAUGAUUUCAUGAAUUAUGAUAAAUUUUUAUAAGCUGUGCCAUCAUAAAUAAGCUGCUAAGGGUUUUAUCUUAUUUGUGUAACAAAAAUGAUCCACGAGGAGUAAUUAAUAGAUUUAAGAAUAUUGUUUACCCAUUUCUUAAUAUAAUGUUAUUAUUUUAAAAUUUGAAAUAAAUUUAUGAUUUUAUAUAAUUGGUUUUAUUAUAUAAAGCACUAUAUUAUAUAUUAUUAUAUUAUUUUCUAUUUUAUGUUUAAAAAUUAAUACAAUAAGUAGUGGCUUAAAAAUAUGGCGAAGUCAAUACAUACGAAUCAAUCAUAAACAGAAUAGCAUAGUAACAAAAUAUUUGUAUGAAAAACAAUUGCAUGUUAAGUUAAUUAUUAACUUAUAGAAGUAGACUGAAAACAAACCACUUAACAUAAGUAUACGUAAUCUUACUAGUAUAUGUAUGUGCCAUGUCGUUCUCUGUAAGUGGAAAUUUGACGGUACACAAACGAAUCCACACCGACGAGAAACUGUACGCAUGCGAUGUAUGUGACAAGUCUUUCAGCAAAAGUCACCAUUUGAAGAUACACCGACGCACGCACACUGGAGAAAAACCGUACGCAUGCGAUGUAUGCGAUAAGACAUUCCCUGUAAGUGGCAGUUUGACGGCACACAAGCGAAUCCACACCGGUGAAAAACCAUACGAGUGCAAUGUGUGCGACAAGUCGUUCCCUAUAAGUGGCAAUUUAACGGUACACAAACGAAUCCACACCGGCGAAAAACCGUACGCAUGCGACGUAUGCGACAAGUCUUUCAGCCAAAGUCACCAUUUGACGACACACCGACGAACGCACACGGGAGAAAAACCAUACGCGUGCGAUAUAUGCGACAAGACGUUCUCUAUAAGUGGCAAUAUGACGGCACACAAGCGAAUCCACACCGGCGAAAAACCAUACGCAUGCGAUGUAUGCGACAAGUCUUUCAGCAAAAGUCAGCAUUUGACGACACACCAACGAACGCACACUGGAGAAAAACCAUACGCGUGCGAUGAAUGCGACAAGUCGUUCAGUGAAAGUGGCAUUUUGACGGCACACAAGCGAAUCCACACCGGUGAAAAACCAUACGCGUGCGAUGUAUGCGACAAGACGUUCUCUAUAAGUGGCAAUAUGACGGCACACAAGCGAAUCCACACCGGCGAAAAACCGUACGCAUGCGAAGUAUGCGAUAAGUCUUUCAACCAACUUAACAAUUUAAUGACACACCGACGAAUGCACACUGGAGAAAAACCAUACGCGUGCGAUGUAUGCAAUAAGACGUUCUCUAUAAAUGGCAAUUUGACGGCACACAAGCGAAUCCACACCGGGGAAAAACCAUACGCGUGCGAUGUAUGUGACAAGACGUUCUCUAUAAGUGGAAAUUUGACGUCACACAAGCGAAUCCACACCGGGGAAAAACCGUACGCAUGCGAUGUAUGCGAUAAGUCUUUCAGCCAUAGUCACCAUUUGACGACACACCGACGAACGCACACUGGAGAAAAACCAUACGCGUGCGAUGUAUGCGACAAGUCAUUUAGUGAAAACAGCAAUUUGACGAAACACAAGCGAAUCCACACCGGUGAAAAACCAUACGCAUGCGAUGUAUGCAAUAAGACGUUCUCUAUAAGUGUCAAUUUGACGGCGCACAAGCGAAUCCACACCGACGAAAAACCGUACGCAUGCGAUGUAUGCAAUAAGACAUCCUCUGUAAGUGGCAGUUAGACGGCAUACAAUACGACGCACACCGCACACUGAAUUGUCGACACACAACACACAUCCGAUCAAAGAUCAAUUA